AUGCGCCUCGCCACUGCCUCCCAGCAUCCGAAGGUCCCUUCAGUUCUCGACCAAAGAAGCCGGGAUGGGCCCGGCCCUCCUGGGGCCACGGGCGCCCUGCGGGAGGCAGCGCUGCCGGCCAGCCCUGGGUCACCGCCCGCGUGUGGGUUUGGCGCGGGCGACGUGUUCCCACGUGUAGCUUCCCAGUGCGCCCAGCGACUGCCGCCUCCCAUUGGGUUCUCAGCGGAAGUGCCCCUGGAGUCUGGGCACCCUGCUGCAAGCCUUCAGGGAGACCCCUGCCCUGAGGAUCCCUCCCAGUUCCGCAGCCUGGCAGCCGCGAGCCUGCCGCCACCACCACAAGCAGCACUAUUCAGAGAUGACCUGAAGCCCCCACCCCACCUCACAGCAGUUGCCGUGGUGGUCCACAGACCCCAGUCUGAACUUUCCGGGCAGGUCAAGAAUGGAGGCGUGGAAGGGAGACAGGCCUGGGUCCAGGACCCCACACCCAUCAGGAAAACCCUCGCAGAAAACUGGAGCUGGAGCUGGAUUGUGCAGUAUGCCUCAAAUGCUGCUCCACCGCGCCCUCCCUGCGUGACCUUGGGCAGCGACCCGACCCCGGUGGGCCUCGGUUUCCUCACUUGUAUGGUGAGGAUGUCCACGGCGAGGCUUAAUUGCGACCGAGCUCGUAACACGCUCAGUACAGGGCCCCGCACCGAGCGAAGCCCCGCGCGACCUAACUGUCCCCAUUACUGCGGCGGGGAGGGGGCUAGGACACAGGAGAGCAGGCCGGGCCGCGCCCCCACCUCGGCGCCCGGCGCGGAACGGAGCAGCGGCAGCAGCGGCCGCGGCGACAGCUCCGGCUCCGGCCUCGGCUCCCGCCCUGCUCAGCCCCGCGCGCACGGGCCCCGCGCCCCGACCCCGCCGCCGCGCCUGCCGGGGGCCUCGGGCGCCCCCGCCGCCCGCCUCACGCUGAAGUUCCUGGCCGUGCUGCUGGCCGCGGGCAUGCUGGCGUUCCUCGGUGCCGUCAUCUGCAUCAUCGCCAGCGUGCCCCUGGCGGCCAGCCCCGCGCGGGCGCUGCCCGGUGGCGCCGACAAUGCCUCGGCCGCCUCGGGCCCCGCCGCGUCCCCGGGGCCGCAGCGCAGCCUGAGCGCGCUGCACGGCGCGGGCGGCUCGGCCGGGACCCCGGCGCUGCCCGGGGCGCCGAUGGCCAGCGCGCACCCGCUGCCGCCCGGGCCGCUCUUCAGCCGCUUCCUGUGCACGCCGCUGGCUGCCGCCUGUCCGUCGGGGGCCGAGCAGGGGGACGCGGCGGGCGCGGCGGCGAGCGAGCGCGAGGAGCUGCUGCUGCUGCAGAGCACCGCGGAACAGCUGCGCCAGACGGCGCUGCAGCAGGAGGCGCGCAUCCGCGCAGACCAGGACACCAUCCGUGAGCUCACCGGCAAGCUGGGCCGCUGCGAGAGUGGCCUGCCGCGCGGCCUCCAGGACGCGGGGCCCCGCCGCGACACCAUGGCCGACGGAUCCUGGGACUCGCCCGCGCUCAUCCUGGAGCUGGAGGACGCCGUGCGCGCCCUCCGCGACCGCAUCGACCGCAUGGAGCAGGAGCUCCCAGCCCAUGUGAACCUCUCAGCAGCUCCGUCCCCGGUCCCUGCCGUGCCCACCACCCUGCAUUCCAAGAUGGAUGAGCUGGAGGGGCAGCUGUUGGCUAAGGUGCUGGUGCUGGAGAAGGAGCGGGCGGCCCUCAGUCACAGCAGCCACCGGCAGCAGCAGGAGGUGGAGAAGGAGCUGGACGGCCUGCAGGACCGUGUGGCCGAGCUGGAGCAUGGGUCCUCAGCCUCUGUCUACCCAGAAACCUUCAAAAUCAGCAUCCCCAUCCGCAACAACUACAUGUACGCCCGCAUGCGGAAGGCGCUGCCUGAGCUCUACGCUUUCACCGUCUGCAUGUGGCUGCGGUCCAGGUCGGGCGGCACUGGCCAGGGCACCCCUUUCUCCUACUCGGUGGCUGGACAAGCCAACGAGAUUGUGCUGCUGGAGACGGGCCACGACCCAAUGGAGCUGCUGAUCAACGACAAGGUGGCCCAGCUGCCUCUGAGCUUGAAGGACAACAUCUGGCACCACAUCUGCAUCUCCUGGACCACACGGGAUGGCCUGUGGUCUGCCUACCAGGACGGGGAGCUGCGGGGCUCCGGCGAGAACCUGGCCGCCUGGCACCCCAUCAAGCCCCAUGGGGUCUUUAUCUUGGGCCAGGAGCAGGACACCCUGGGUGGCAGGUUUGAUGCCACCCAGGCCUUUGUGGGUGACAUUGCCCAGUUUAACCUGUGGGACCACAUCCUGACACCUGCCCAGGUCCUGGGCAUUGCCAACUGUACCGGGCCACUGCUGGGCAACGUCCUCCCCUGGGAAAACAAGCUGGUGGAAACCUUCGGGGGUGCAAAGAAGACCACCUUCGAUGUCUGCAAGGGGAGGGUCAAGGCAUGAGGGGCCACCUCGUCCAGGGCCCCUCUCCUGCCUACCACUUCGGGGACCUCAAGGGGGGCACUUCCCCUUCUCAGCCUACCCAUGCACUGGCCACCCCUCCUGCCCCACUCUUGGCCGUGCCUGCUGUUCUCACCCUCCCCCCACCUUUACCCACAACCUCCAGAAUUCCGUGCUCAGCAGUGGGUGUCCCCUAACCCCCCACUUGGGGACAAGCAGGUAAAGUCACUGGGUCAAGACUGGGGUGAGUCCAGGGCCUGGUGGGGGCUGGGGGUUGGGUAGCAGUGCCCACGGCUCUGCCCACCCUCCAUGUGUUAUCCUGCCCCCCGACACUACCCUGUCCCAUCAAUCCCACCUGAAUCCUCUGAUCUCAGUGGCACCCCCCACAGAGUUAUGGGGAAAGGGCCCACUAUCUCAGUGGUGGCAGUGGCUGUCUGUCCUCCUGGCCCCCAUGCAGCAGGGGCCAGUCCAGGUGGUAGAGCAAUCCCCUGGCUGAGAAGGGGUGACAGAGGCCUAGGAGGUUCAGACCUCCCCACCCCUUACCUUUCCACCAGCUGCCAGUCAAGGGCAGCAGGACCGUGAUGGAGGCUCUUCCAGCCUGCCCCCUCCCUGUCCCCUCCCUCCUCUUCCUCCUCCUCCUUCCUCAUUUCUUUGUGUGCAGUGGCUCAAGAGUUGGUUCCAUGCCUGGCCCAGCCCCACCUCCAUUUCCAGGACAUGCCCUUCCCAGCCCAGCCUGGAAGACCAGGGACCAAGAGCCCUGGAGGACAAGGGGCUGGAGUCUCCCCUUGUGCCCACCCACAGCCCUCCCCCUCCAGGCCCAGGACAAGGCCUGGGCCAUGUCAGCCUGGGCUGGGAUCAGCUGGAGGCAGAGCACUGGGUGAGAGGGAAGAGUCGUUGGUUCCUAGCCAGCCCUGCUGCUAACCUGCUGUGUGGCCUUCUGUUAAUUCCCCGCCCUCUCUGGGCCUGGGCUUUUCCAUCCGUGAGCCAAGGCCCUUGCUUUGGUCAUUUCUGAGAGCCCCUCCAGAUUGAAUGUGACAUGGUCUGUGAUUCCAUGUGGAUAGAAAAAUCAAGUCUGAGAACCUCCCUGGUAACCCAGGAGCAUCGUAGGGGCAGGUCCUGGGAUUGGGCAGCAGAUGGGAUCAGAUUAGGCAUGGAUGAGGGUCAGCAGCUGGCUCCAGAGAGUCAGGGUCAAGGGCAAGGCUCAAGGCAGGCCAGUCUCAUGCAUGAAGUUGUAAAAAUUCAUCUCCUUCUGGAUGCCUCCAUCCUGGGACCCUUGCCUGACAGAGGUUGCAUCAACGGGCUAGUGACUUCCUGGUCCCCACCCUUGACUCUCACCAGCCCCACCAAGGGAGUGGAAGAAUAUCAGACCUGAAAGUUUAUCUGGCCUGACUCCUUUCUUAUACAGAUGGGGAAGAGCUCAGAGAGGGCAAGUGACUUGCACAAGAUCACACAGCACAAUGGGGCAACGUCAGGUCUAGAACCCAGGGCUUCUGAUUCCCUCUUCAGCUCUCUUCCCCACAUACCAUAUUGCCUGCCUUUGAGGAUCUCAGAGCCCAGGCUACACCUACGAAGAUGGAUAUCAAGAGUUCAGGAUGCUGUCCAACAUAACUGGUACAUCUUCCUUUAGGCAACACCCAAGAAUCCUGGCAACCCCACUCCUCAAGGUGGGGGGAGGAGGGGAGUGACCCCUGGGCACUCUGGUGGGAAUGGAGAGCUAGGCACAUGGGCGUCCCUACCUCUGCCAGUCACUUAUGAGGCAUCCAGGAAGCUGCAGGCUGCCUGACUCAAGUGGGCACUGCUGCCUUUUGCCUCCCUCUCUUAUUCUCCCCCUCUGUUCCCCUUGCCACUUGGCCUGAGGCCUGAUGCAGGAGCUGGGGGCCCUAUGCCACGGCAGCUUCUCCAAGCCUUGUGGCCUCCAGCCCCCCAGAUCCUUGUUUCCAUUUCAAGAGCACAAAUAGAUUAUUCUGCAUCUCCGGUCCAAGUCCCCCUGGAAGAAGGAGCGAUGGCGUGCUUCAGCCAGAACCUGCUGAGAUCUAGGUUGCCCCGGUAACGGCCCAUGACAUCAGCUGGAGUGCUGGGUCAAGUGCUUCAUCCAUAAUGACACGUGCUGUUGCUGGGGUGGUGAGAGAGUUUGGAAUAUAGAUCUUGGGGACACUGGACUUUAUCCAGUUUCUGUUACUGUUGAAGGAAGCAGCUUUAGUAGAGGUGAUGCGGGAAGGAGAGAGUUUGGUCACGUGAGCCCAUUCAGAUGCAUCACCCCAAGUCCUUCUGCUCUGUCAUGGGAUGAUGAGACAUCUGACAUCUGAGCCUUGUUACUUGCACUGUCACCGUUGUCAGCCCUCCAGAGGAAACAGGAACAAAAUGGAGAUGUUGGGGUGUGGGCUGAGUCUGGGUCAUUGGUGAGGGGCCUGGGACCCCAUUUCUGUUCCAGGAAGAUGAAAGCCCCAAAGUCCCACCCUCCCUUCAUCCAUUUAUCAUCCUACAUACAUUCACUGAACAUCUGCCCUUUGGCCUCCAGUUUUGAUAUCUUCCUCAGCUGCUCCAGGUAUAUCCAAGAAGACAGCGAACCAGGAGCUAGAAACGGUGCUCAGCCAUGUCCCUGAGGUGCCCUGGGUGACAGUGACAAUGGCGCCCCGUUUGCUGUGCCCUUGAAAAGCAUCAGGCCUUGUGCCUUGCACUUCACGGGCACUAUCUUGCUCUCUUCCCAACACAGUUAUACCAGUGGGGACUGUUAGCCACAUGGCACAGGUGGGGCACAGAGAGGUUAAGUAACUUGCCCAGUGUCAAUCAGCCAGCAGGAUGGAGCCCAGAUUUCAAACCAAGGCAGGUUAGAUUCAGGGCCCACCCCUCAGCCAAGGAGACAGGUGCCCCCAACACCCCACCCCACCCCACCCCCAUGUGGGUGAGAUUUGGGCACCAUUGCUCCUGGAUUGUUCCAGCCUGAAGGGAUGUGCCUGGCCUCAUUCACCAGCGCGUGGGGGUUGAGGUAGAGGCACAGAGGCAUGGGAGGGGCUGGGGCCAGGGUCCCCAUGGGUGAGGCCACUGACGGGGUGCCAGCUCCUUCAGGGGAUGUGUCCCUCCCGCAGCGAACCCGACAGCCUCAGCUCUUCUCUAACACAGCUGGAUUUCCAGCUGAAAGGGUAGAGGAAGCUGGAUGUCUCCCAAGAGUCCCAGGCAGGGAAAAAGAGACCAAGAUUUCUCAAAUGUCUGCUCUGGGCCAAGCCCCGCACCAGGUGCUUUACAGCUGUUACCUGCCAGAUGCCCGAACCCCCCACCUUUGCGGUGCAUGGAGCCCCCAGCCAACAUCCUGAGGGGGUGGUCCCCUUGCCACAGUUGUGCAUGACCCAGGCCACAGACAUGGGCAGGAAGGGCUCUGAGAGGGGCGAGGCCCUCCUUUGACAGAUGAGGAAGCCGAGGCCCAGGGAGGGUGGGCAGCUCAGUUGAGGCCACACAGCCAAGACACGGGGAGCCCUGAACCCUGUUUUCUGACUGGCUUCAGCACUCUCUCCAAGAGGCAGAGGCCCCUCUCGCCCAGAGCUGGUCCCUUCUUUCUGCAUCUCCCAGAACCCUUGACCUGAGGAAACUGGGGAAGGGACCCCCUUCCAGGAGACAGGAUCACUCUCCACUGCCUCUUCAUCCCAGCUGCCCGCCACCUCACCCCCGGCUCCCACCCUGACCCCUGACCCUGUCGGGUGGGGAAGGGUGUCAUGUGGACCCAGGCCGAGCCCUGACAAGCACGGCAGGUUGUGUGACACCGUGAAAUCAGUGCACCCCAUGGCGACCCAUCUCCCCCAGCUGCCCAUCCCCCUCUUUCUCCUCACCUUAUUUUGUACAUAUAUUGACAUGAGAUGCAGCCUGUGAGUGUGUGUGGGUUUGUGUGUAUGAUAUAUGUCAUGGUUUUUGUUACUUUUUUGUUUUUGUAAAUUUGAAUGUUCAAAAUAAACAUGAUGUUUACUCUGA